CGACGACGAACGCAAUAAGCAUUCACAUGGCCUCUCUCGGAUAACAAUUUCGCUGCGAAUAUCUCACGUCCGAUUGCUUGCUUCGCCUUGCUUGCUUGCUGCCCCCAGUGACGCAUUCGAUUUGAUACUGUGAACUUCACAGUGGCAGAUUUGCAUCGUGUGCGAGCUCAUCGUGAGAUUUCGACGAGAGUUUCAUCCUUGUAGUUUUGCGAGGUGAGUUUUCCAGGUUUCGUAUGCGUAGAGUCGGGAUCGGAAGACGACGCCAGGUUUUGGUGAGCUGUGGCGGGGAGUUGGAGCUUGCUAGCGUGCGGUGGGCGUGUGUAGUGGGUUUUUUCUUUUUUCUUUUUUGUGUUUGUGACAAUUUCUCUUUUGGGUGAGUGUUGGGAUUGAUUUCGCCGUGAACUCAAUUGAAGCGGAUUAGGGUUUUGGUGCACAAUCGCUUGCCUAGGAGGUUGGGUCUGAAGGGCGGGAUUUGGUAAAGGUGGUUUUGUUAGGUCAGUGAUAAUGAUCGUUGGUUAGGUGGUGGUGUUUUGAGUCUGGGGUAAAGACAAUUGAGGAUGCUGAAGCUUGGAAGAGCUUCAUUGGGAUUUGUGCAAUCGGUUGAAUGACUCUGAAGAGAAGUCUUUCAUAGGAUUUUUAUUCAUGUUUCACUUGGGAGAAUAAACAAAGGAGAGGAUCGACUAGAGUCGUGAUAGGUGCCAGGUUUGUUUGUCCCCCCAGCAAUGGAGAAGGGGAUUUUAGAUGUUGUAGGAGGUGAAAUCGUUGGUAUAGUGACCCCAGUGUCGAUAUGUAUGUUCUUAGUGGUUACGCUGGUUCACAUUCUGGAUCCUCGUGGGGAGGAUGCGCCGGUUUCCAACAUAGCCAUGAUGGUUUACAACGAGCAGGCCUCAGACUCAUUUUCUGAAAAACUUGGAGGAGCGUUGUUGAACGCAAUUGUGUUUGUGGUCAUAGUCACGCUGGUGACAUUCAUGCUGGUCGCACUAUUCUAUUACCGGUGCACCAGAUGCCUCCGGGUCUACAUGGGGAUUUCGGCAUUCACAGUGCUAGCCUGGAUGGGAGGAAUCGUUGCUGUACAGAUAAUAAAAUUGUACUCUAUCCCCAUCGACGUUAUAACGUUCCUGAUUUGUACCAUUAAUUUCGCGAGCGUGGGGGUCGCGGCUGUUUUCUUUUGUCGAAUGCCUAUCAUGGUCACUCAAGGGUAUUUAAUUGUCAUUGGAAUGCUGGUGGCCUUCUGGUUCACGAAGCUCCCGGAAUGGACCACUUGGGUGCUGCUCCUGGCAAUGGCAGCAUAUGAUGUUGUGGCUGUGUUGACGCCGAGGGGUCCUCUUAAUCUGCUCGUGGAGCUGGCCAUUGAGCGGGACGAAGACAUUCCGGCUCUUAUCUACGAGGCUCGACCUACCGUCUCAGGCAGAAUGCAAAUGCCCCCCUCGCCUGCUCAAAUGGGAUCAGAUGCAGAGAGGCCCCGGGUAAGAAGGUGGAAUCGGAGGGCGUCUCGAAGCUCAAACCCAUCUCCGGAUACAGAGCUUGGAGAAAGCCCAAUGUCCUCUGGCAAUGCAUCACAACGUGAUAGUACUCUGACUGCAGCUGUGGACGACUCUCAAAAUCUUAUCACUGGUCCUCCAACUGAACCUGAAGUUGGAAUCAUUGGCUCUCGACUAAUUUCUUCUACAGGCGAAGGAGGUGCCUUACAUGCUGUCUCCAUUAUUUUACAUGAGAAUUCACAUAUGGAUGAUGAUACGGUUCCUUUGGUACAGCAGCAAACAAAUAGUCCCUCAAGCCCUGCAACUCUAGGCAGGUCGGAAGCAGAGUUUGACCAUCGAUCUAGACCAAUGAAUGGAGCUACUCAACAUUCAGAAGAUGGUGACGAGGAAACUGGGAUUGGACUUUCAGGAGCGAUCAAGCUGGGUUUGGGAGAUUUCGUGUUCUACAGCGUCUUGGUGGGGCGAGCUGCCAUGUAUGACUUGAUGACUGUGUAUGCUUGCUAUCUCGCGAUAGUUGCGGGACUAGGGGCUACGCUGAUUUUGCUUGCGGUCUGGCAGCGGGCACUUCCCGCCUUGCCGAUAUCGAUCUCACUUGGCGUAAUAUUUUACUUCUUGGCGCGUCUAGUCAUGGAUCCAUUUGUUCUGGAUAUGUCCACUAAUCUUGUUUUUUUCUGAUCUAAUGCUAGGAAAAGUCUAAGCAAUGAAUGAUCCCUCGCUGAGGAACUAGGUAAUGGGUCUUGCUUUUCUUGUACAUAUUUGAUCCAAUAUUGAAGUAAACAAUUUGAGCCCAUAUUUUUCUCUA